AUGCAGCAGGGACGGCCGUCCCUCUGCUGCAUCUCCACCAUCCGCAGCUCGCAGGGACCACCCGAGCCAGCUGCAGCAGCCGCCGCUCACUUCAGCUUCUGCCGCAGCCUCCUGGAGCACACGGUGUCGGCCGAGAACCUGAGCUACCGGCUGCAGAGGAGCGCGGGCAGCAGCCUCACAUGGCACGACGGCCGGAGCCAGCGCCCCGACGGCGGCCGCACCGUCAAGCUGCUGCGGCAGCCGGGCACCGAGGGCUCGCAGGGCCGUACCUGUGACCACUAUGGCAUCUACCACACCAGCCCCACGCUGGGCAGCCUGGCCAAGCCAGUGGUGCUCUGGACCCAGCAGGAUGUGUGCAAAUGGCUGAAGAAGCACUGCCCUCAUAACUAUCUCAUCUACGUCGAGGCGUUCUCCCACCACGCCAUCACAGGUCGGGCGCUGCUGCGGCUCAACGGGGAGAAGCUGCAGCGCAUGGGCAUCGCGCACGAGGCGCAGCGGCAGGAGCUCCUGCAGCAGGUCCUGCAGCUCCAGGUGCGAGAGGAGGUCCGAAACCUGCAGCUGCUCAGCCAAGAUUGCACCAACACUGUGAACCGAGCACCUCUGGGAUGGGCUGUGCACCGCCGAUACGAGACCUGA